UCACUCUGUCGUAUGUUCAGUCGUUUACUGUCUGUUGUGUGAAAAUAUAGAAAAUACAUAAAAUACCGAGGAAAGAAGAAAUAAUUUGCAAUAUCUAGCAAUUGAAAAUUACUUCACAAAACUAAUUAGAUCGAUUCGCAAUAACAACACCAUUGGAACAAGAGAUUAAUUGUAUUACGUGUAGUGUAUUAAGGUUGAUUUUUUUUGUCAGGCAAUUACAAAACAAUUGCUCAGGCAUUUUUGUUUUAAUUUAUCAAGCUAGUUUUUCUUCCUUUUAGCCCUUGAAAUUCUCUUUCUAAUUCAUUAAAGAAGAAUCCUCUUGGAGUUAUAUUUUAAAUAUGAGUUCAACCGAAGAAACCAGCAGCCAACCCACAACACCACAGGAUGGCCCCGAAGAAUCACAGUCAAAUGCCCGUGAAUUGGAAAAAAUCGAAGAGGAGAAAUUGAAAUCAAAAUAUCCAGUUGGAUUGAGAGGCCCUGGUGGCCAUACCGCCUUCUUGCAAAAGAGAUUACAAAAAGGGCAAAAAUAUUUUGAUUCUGGUGAUUAUCAAAUGGCCAAACAAAAGGGUGGUGGCAUCAAACAGGUGUUUGCCAAUAAAAAUACAACCGGUGAAGCCAUCCCCACACCAGAGACUGUGCCUGCGCGUAAAACUUCAAUUAUUCAGCCUUGUAAUAAAUUCCCAGCGACGAGUUAAGUUAGUAUAACACACCUUGCUCUAACCUCUGCAAUGAAACAAAAAAACCAGAAAAAAACAACACAUACAAAUAGCCUCCUAUAAUUUACUACUAUUACUACACACACACCUACUAUAAUGAUAUUUAAUACUUUAAAAAACAAAAUUGUAUGCAAAUAAUGCUAGAAGAUAUUCCUUUCCAAACACACAAAAUUCCCCAAAGCCCCAAAGAGAUUUCGAUAAAUCCUUCUUCGAAAGAAGAGUAGCAGUGGGUCUCUAAUUCCAAAUUAUUUUAUCAGUUUGACUAGAAAACUUAAAGCGCUCUAUGUCAAAUCUAAACCUAUACACUGAGCUUUUUAUAAAAAAAAAAAGAAAAUUAGAAGAUUAAUCUUUUCAUUUUCAAUUUAAAAAAAUGCCACAAUUUAUUCAUAUUUCCCGGAGGAUAUUUUUUUGGAAAGGAAUACUAGUUUUUAUUUUUGGUUUUUGUAGAUCAAGAGCAUUUUCUUAUGCUUUGUUGUUUAAAUGUUCUUGCGAAGCGGGGGGUAAAAACAAAAGCCUUUAUCUUUAGUUUUUAAGUCAUUUUAAUUAAUUUUCUGCUUACUCAUUAAAAAUUAAAAAAAUACUACAAUUUUUUUGUUCUGUAAAAUAAACUUACAAACAAACCACAAAAUCGAAACGAAUUGAAAAACUUUACAACAAAAAAAAAAUUCAAAUAAAAACAUAAUUAAAAAUGCAUAUUUAUGUAAAAUUACAAAUUGUUAA